AUGGAAGAAGAGCACUCAUCAUCCGCCGCGUCAACAAAGAUGGAGGAGGUAACUCCCAAUCAACAAACAUCGAAAACACUUGAACAAAAAUCUCAAGACGAAAAGGGUUCCAAAAUGGAUGAAGAAGUUGACAACGAAGAGAUAUACAAAUUCAUUCCGCGUACUGUUGGACCAUAUGAGAAACCAACAGCAAUGAUAGUCGAGGAGAUGAUCAAAAGCAAAAAUCUUGAAGUGAACAACAUGACUUUGUAUAGCAUUUUGGUCGAGUUAAUCGGUAAAGUUACAAAUGCAAAAUCCAACAAACCGUUUGAAAUUGAAAUGCGAAUGCUUCUCCACGUUGUGGAAAAAAUUCCCGAAUCCGUCAUUCAAAAUGAUUUGGAGCGGAUCAAGCUUCUUCUUAUUAAAACCACUGCGACUUUGGCAGAAGGGAACUCCAACAUCAUCGCAAAAGUGUUUGCUUUGUUUGACGUUUUCUUUUUCAAAAUACCAACCCAGUUCUGGUUCGAAUUGAACGACGCUGUGAAGUGCAUUUUUGUUCUUCCAGAAACUCUUGGAAAACUUACCGAUCUUAAAAAGGUGAAGAAAGACCUUACCAGAUAUUUCUCCAACGAAAUUUUCGCAAAAACGUUCUCUUCCCUUUUUGCUAAGACGUUCAACAAAAUGAUCUCUGGAGAAAAGGCUGCAAAAUGCAUCAAUUUCUACUCCCGUCUUUUCCACUUGUUCUCUGAAAAGAUCGUGAAGCCAUUGUUAGUCAAAUUCUCAGAGAUCAUUUCUUCAUCCCUGGACGGACCUUUACUCACUGCAGUCUACAAAACAUUCAUCAUCUUGUUUACAAAUGGCGUGUCUAAAGAGAUGGCAAAUACCAUCUUUACAUUGUUAAUUAACCACCCGCCACCCACUUUUGAUGAAGUCACUGGUAUCGGGUAUUGUGAUGUUUUGACAUAUCUCCCGAGUUUGAUCGGAAGAGGCGAUGUUGCAGAAGGCAGAAAAGCAUAUGAGGCUUGCUUGAAGAACAUCGAGACGUUCUUCAAAUCAGCAAAGAACCCCAAGUCUUAUAUGGACAAAUACCGUACUUUGGUGUGUAAAAUGUUCUCUUCGCCUUUCAAAGAGAACGAAGAAAACAUAAAAUUUGCGAUAGACUACACAAUCAACACUAUUUUGCCGUUGACGAAGAAAACGCCACCCGAGUCCAUCUUUGAGAUCAUAAGAAAGGUUUUGAAAAAUGGAAAAUUGAAACCAGAGCUGUUUGUCCCAUUGAUUCAAUCACUCCACCAAUUCUACUGCAACACUUUAACUCGCUCUAAGGUGGAGAUAUGCUAUUAUUCGGCCAUUGAAACGAUCGGCUUGAAAUAUGUCUUCGAGGCACUUCCAUUAAAAACUGAAUUGGAAGGGGAGAGCCAAUUUGAAGACCAUACAUACAUCUUACCAUUGGCUCAAAAAGCAAACUGCAAAGAUUCGUUGGCAUUCUAUUUUGAAUUCCUCAAAGAGCAGAUCCAAAAAAUCAACCAACUGAUUUCAAAGUCGUUAGCAGGCAACACUCCAAUUCGCACAAAGAAUUUGUGCACAAUCAAAAAACAAAUGGUGCAACUUUUCGAGAGAAUUAUUGUGAAUCCUCCAGACUUUGAAUUCUUCCCAAAUAUGGUUGAUAUGAUUGUUGAGAUGUUGAACGACAACGAGACGUGCAAAAUUGCGUGCAAUGUACUUAUCCAAGCUGUUGCCACUCAUCAAGACAAAGGUGAAGUUAUUCAGACUAUGUCACAAAAACUUAUUUUGGCGCUCUUCAACAUUCUGGCAAAUAAGACUGAGGUCGAACAACAAAAACCAAUUUUGGAGACUAUUGGAGCGGUGCUCAAAGUGACUGAUGAAAACUUGACAAAUCUUCUUUUCAAAAACGUCAUUCUCCAAUUGAUUAAACAGAAGGAGAGUAUCGGCACAACAGAAGGUGCGUCCAGGGUUGUUGCACUUGUGUCUCUUGGAAACCUCUUUGUACCAAAAAUGAGCAAUGAGAAUUUAGAGACGUUCCUGACCAUUGUUGUUCCAUUGAUUGCAGAAAAGAAAGAAAAUGUCGGGAUGUCUGGCGUUAGAGCCUUGUGCGCUGUUAUGAAAGGUAAAGGACAAUACAUGGUCGAGCAUCAUCUGCCUGACUUGGAUAUGUGGUUUACAAAUAACCCCUUCGACACAAAGAAGUUUGACAGAGGGUUACUUUUAGGGUUUUUCCGAUUUAUGGAAGUGAUGAAAGGAAUGAACGAAGAAGGCUUUAAACAAAGACUUCCACGGUUUGUGCAAAUGUUGAUGAUCUUGUCGAGACGGCCAAAUAAAAAUACAGAAGAGAUGUCACUUGAUUACUUGGAGAAGUUACUUGAACUUUGUGAUUAUAAAGAAGUUAUGGAGACCAUCUUGAACUUUAAAGGAUCUGAUGACUUCUCUAAAGGAGCUUGCAAAAAGUUGUUUGGGCACUUCAUCUUCUUUGUGUAUGAUAAAAUGGAGGAAGAAGAAAAGGAGAGGAUGUUCCACUUCUUGAUCGACGACUUUGCAUACAACAGAGAAAAUCUGAAAUUUGAGUUAAGUGCACUGAAAAUCAUAUCGGUGUGUGAUCCAGAAAAGAACAAAAAGUAUUUAACACAGAUCUUGUCGAUUUUGGGAAGAAUCAAACCAGAGGACAUUUCAUUCUACCGAGUCCAGAUAAAGUAUUUGAUUGAAUAUUAUUUGAGGAAAUAUGGAGACUAUGUCGAUGAAUGCAAAGACAGAUUCUCAGAACCACUUGUUGCUCGAGCAAAGAAGUACAGAAAAGACAAGAAGAGAGCACAAAGAAAAGCCAAGGCGGAGAAAGAACAUGGUGAUGAAUACAACUACCUUGGCGAGAAAGACGACGAGGAUAUUAUUGAAGGAUACGAGAGUGAAAACGACGAAGAAGAAGAGAAAAAGAAUAAAAUCAAUCGUAGAAGAAUUGCAGAGGAAGAUGAAGAUGUCGAACUCCUUCAAAUGAAAUUCAAGGAGGAGACUAAACAGAAAAAGGUGAGAAAAAUUGGAGAGACCAAUUUCCCUGUUGACGCUGAUGGAAGACUUGUCAUCGCUGAAGACAAUGAGAAGGCCGGCGAUUCAGAUGAGGAAGACUUGAAAGUCAAAACUAAAGCGGAGAAGAACGAAAUAGCCGACUUAAUGGAUAAUAAAGAAAAAAAGGUGGCCACCGUGAAAGUACCAAAAACACGAACAUUCGAGAGAAAACUCAAUUUGAAGAGAAUGGAACAAAGCGAAAGAAAACAAAGGAUUUCAGAGAAGACGGGCGCCAAAUUCAAAGCAAGAAAAGCACACGGCGAUAUUGAGAAAAAUGGUGUCCAACCAUUUGCAUACAUCCCAAUGAAAAGAGGAAAUAAAAAGUCACAACACGAGACUACAGAGACUUUCAAAGCUAUCAUGAAGAAAGGAAAGGCUGAUACACACAAGCCAAUUAAACUCAAUGGAAGAAAAACCAUCAAAAAAUAA